GCUGGGCCUGGGCGCGAGCGUGGGGAUUCGGGCGGGCCCCAGGGCGAUGCGGGGGGGUCCUCCCCGUUCCCACAGCGUCACCCACAGAGCUCGCUCCUCAUGGGCUGACACAGCUCGGGGCGCUCCCUGCCGAGCUCCCCGCCCUGCCCGGGGUGUGCGAGCAGCGCCCGGCUCCACAGAGCGGUGCUCCGAGCCGGGAACCGGCUGUACUAUCGCCCUGCGGCUUCAGCCCCAGUAAAGCUGGUCUGGUCUCCCCAGUGCCUCCCUCCUGCUGCCGGGGUUGUGCAGUCUCCUGGUCCGGGAAGUGUGUGCGUGUCAUGAUAACACCAGUGGUGCGAUGCACCAGUGCCGAAGACACAGUCAUGAGAACGGUUGUGUGGGGUCAGGGCAAUGGUCCAUCUAGCCCAGUACCCCGUUUCUGUUAGCAGCCAGUGCCAGAGGCUUCCGAGCAAAUGAACAGAACAGGCCGUCCGCUCUCAUCCAGUCCCAACAUCUAGCAAUGAGGGGCUUAGAGACACCUGGAACAUGGGGUUGUGUCCCUGCCAACUGAAGGACCUAUCCAUCGUCCAUGAAUUUAUCUCAUUCUUUUUUUAAUCGUGUUAUAUGUUUGGCCUUCACAACAUUCCCCUGGCAACGAGAUCCACAGAUGUGCAAUGUUAAAGAAUUUCCCAUCUGAUCUUGUAUGCAGACGUAUACCUUCAGUACUAGAUGAGAAAGCAUGACAAAGCAGCAGAGAAAAGAACAUAGGCAUCAGAAAUGGAUAUUCUGUGCACACAAAAGAAGCUAAUCCGUGUCACUGAAGCUUGCCACAGUACCGGUACCAAACCAAGGACAUCCUGGCCUAGAAAGGCCCUGCUCAUCCUGGGGUUCCUCUUUGCUUUGGCUGUGAUUGCCUUAGUCGCGAUGGCAGUGAGUCAGAACAAGCCACUCCCAAAGAAUAUUAAGUACGGGAUUGUGCUGGAUGCUGGUUCGUCUCACACUAACUUGUACGUGUAUAAGUGGCCAGCGGAGAAGGAGAAUGACACUGGGGUGGUGCACCAGGUGGAAGUGUGUAAAGUAGAAGGUCUGGGGAUCUCGGGUUACUCCCAGGAUACAGAGAAAGCUGGCCUCUCCCUCCAGCACUGCAUGAAAAGAGCUCAGGAAGUGGUUCCAGAACAGCAGCACAGAGAGACCCCUGUCUACCUUGGGGCUACAGCUGGAAUGCGGCUGCUCAGCUUGCAGAACAGAAGUAUAGCUGACAGGGUCCUCUCUGCGGUGGAGAAGACGUUGCGCUCAUCCCCCUUCAACUUCCAGGGUGCCAGAGUCAUCAGUGGUCAGGAAGAAGGAGCCUAUGGCUGGAUCACCAUUAAUUACCUGUUGGGCAACUUCAAGCAGCCUGGCUGGCUGAACUUUCUGCCUCACCUGAGAUCUAGCAGAGGGACAUCAGGGGCCCUGGACCUUGGCGGAGCCUCCACCCAAAUCACCUUUGUACCGGACCAAGAGCCGAUUGAAUCUCAGGAGAACUCACUGCACUUUCGUCUCUAUGGCAAGAACUACAACGUGUAUACGCACAGCUUCCUGUGCUAUGGGAAGGACCAGGCUCUGCGCCUGAAGCUGGCCAGUGACCUACAGAGCACACAGAAUGGCAGCCUCCUGGAUCCCUGCUUUCACCCAGGAUAUUUGAGGAUUAUGAAUAUAAGUGACCUCUACACGAAUCCCUGUAUAGCUAAUGGUGAGCAGCAGCUUCCAUUCCCACAGCUUCACCUCCAGGGGAAAGGGGAUUACCAAAGGUGCCGAAUGACCAUCCAGAAGAUCUUCAACACUAGCCAUUGCCCUUACUCCAGCUGCUCCUUCAAUGGGAUUUUCCUGCCUCCGUUACAAGGGGAGUUUGGGGCAUUUUCUGCUUUCUACUUUGUGAUGAACUUUUUAAACCUGACAACAGAGAAGAGCCCAGUCCCUCUGGACAAAGUGACAAGCGCUGUGGAAAGAUUCUGCUCCAGACCUUGGCACAAAGUAAAGGCAGAAUUUCCCAAUAUAAAAGAGAAGUACCUGAGUGAAUAUUGUUUCUCCGGGACCUACAUCCUCUCCCUCCUUGAGAAUGGCUAUGGAUUCACCGUGGAGAAAUGGCAAAGCAUCCAGUUCCUUGGAAAGAUUGGCAGCAGUGACGCAGGCUGGACUCUGGGCUACAUGCUGAACCUGACAAACAUGAUCCCCGCAGAGAAGCCCCCGACGCGCCCUCUCUCCCAUGCCAGUUAUGUGGGGCUCAUGGUGUUCUGCUCUCUCGUGUUGGUGGCUGUGCUCCUGCUUAGCUGGCUUACCUUCCACAAACCAAAGUGCCUGCAGAAGGGACUCAUUUAGGGAGUGGCAAAUCUCGCAGUAGAGGCUGUAAUGGGCCCCUGACACACCAGCUGCCGCACAGAGUUCUGAGGUCACCUGCAGAGCCAGCCUCACCUAGCAGAGUCCCUCCUGCCUUUCACUGAAGCUACUGCCUGUACAAGGGCAUUCAAUCUUCUCCUCUGGCUCACACCUGCACUGAUGGAUGCACAGGCUCCUCUUCUCUGUGGAGAUGUAUCUUGCUGGGUCACAUAAAGCAGCAGCUUUUCGGCUCCUUUUGCUGCUUGUUCUUUUUGGUCUUGUUUAGAGAGAGGCAGCAGUAAUCCUUGAGGGAAUUGCUGUCACUUGGAAGCGCCAAGCUGGCUGUGGGGCUAAUCUCAGGGUUAUGCAGGAAGCCAUUGCACUGUGCAGAGAUCUAUUUCCUUUCCCUGGAAUCGGUCCCCACAGCUGCUCAGAGCCUGUCUGAGCAGGGCAUCCGCACCAGCACAAACCAAGCUUGCUGCCCUUGGCCACCUUCAGCUCCUCGGGAGCAUGCUGUGUCCUAGCUCUGCCUACCAUGUAAAACCUUCUGGAUCCCAGCUGCCCACGGCUUGGCUGGCCACACAGCCGGACAACAUAUGGGACAAGCAGAUGUGAGGGGAAAAGGAACAGAAGAUGUUGGGUCUGGAGGAGGCCAGCAGCCUUGGCUGAGCCCUGGCAAUGGACCUGAAAUACUAGGAGGCAAAAUGUUCCUUCCACAGAAGAUUGCUGUAUGUAUGAAAGGAAACCUCUUCUCUCACCACCUUCCAGAAUUUAUCACUGGCCCAUAGCAGGCCCCUGUCCAGAUUGAGUCUGAUGUAAGGGACCUGUCUAUCUGGUCACACACAUUCUUAGCCAGACACCGCUGAUCUCUCCAGGAAUAACUCACAUUGGGCAAGGAUCAUUCGCAAACAGCUUGGAUUUAUAUUGUACCUGCAGGCAGGGUUCCCUGGACACUGGACACUACAGCACACGUACAAGAUUCCAGCGCUUGCAGCGGGACCAUCUCUCUGGCAAUUCUAAUCACACAGAAACCUAGGCCUCAGAGAAGGGUGUUUAGUAGAUCAUGUUCCUUUAAAAGAUACCUGGCACCAGUGUAAACUGAAACAUGCAAAUAUUGAUGAAUUGAUUCAUGCUUUGUGUUUGUGACAUGCAUGAAAAUUAGUCACAAUCUGAAAAUUCUUUCCUUUCCCCCUGCUUAGACCUAACAUCUCAAUCUCAAGCCACCCCCCCCCCCCCCGGCCCCUCCCAAAUGUACACACCAGCCCAUUUUCUAGCCUUUAGUAUGGGAUAGCAACUGAUCAGAUUUCAGCCUCUUGUAAUGUCACUCUUCCCACUUUUUCCUAAGGAACUGGAGUGGAAGCUGGGACUCAACUUUGAUAACAAGCAGAAAACACUGUGAGGCAUCUUCAUACAUCAAAAGGAGCCAGUUGCAAAUCAGAUCAUCUAGUCUGGCCUCCUGCAAACACAGGCCUGAGAACCUCACCCAGUAAUUUCCGUAACAAACCCAUAACUUCUGUUUGAGCUAGAGCAUAUUUUUUUAGAAAGGUAUCCAGUCUUGCAUUAAUGUUAAGUGAUGGAGAACCCACCACAACCGUAGGUACAUUGUACUAAUGGUCAGUUGCCCUCACUGUGCGAAUCUGUACCUUAUUUCUAGUAUGAAUUUGUCUAGCUUCAGCUUCCAUCCACUGAUCUCAUUAUGCCUCAUUAAAGACCCAUUUACUGUCAGAAAUCUCUUCCCCCUUGUAGGUACUUGUAGACCAUCAUAAAGUCACCUAUGAACCUUCUCUUGGAUAAACUAAAUAGAGCUGCUCUAGACUCUCACUGUAAGGCAGCUUUUCUAGACCUCAAGGCAUUUUUGUAGCUCUUUAUUGAAUAUUUUCCAAUAUCUGAACAUCCUUUUUUAAGCACUGACAUGCUGUAUACAGAGGUAAGACCUCACCCCUGCUCCUGCUUGAUAUUACCCUCUUUAUAAAUCUAAGGAUUACAUUCCCCCUCUUAGCUACAGCAUCACGU